AUGCUCGGGCUCGGACUGCACCUCGGACGACCUCAGCUCAAGGGCCGCCGGUCGCUGCUGGACCUGAUCGCUCACGGCGCAAGCGUCGAGACGGACUUUCCCGCUUCGAGCUCUGCGACUCCACCUGACCUGCUGCCGGGGCUCCUGCCACCGCUGCCCGCAACUCCAACAAGAACCUCACCUCCAACGUACAGCAACAACAGCAGCAACAACAGCGCGGCUCUCUCCAUCGCUGCCUCCUCCAGCAGCCCCGAAAUUCCUCUCGUCGACUUGCAGACGCCUGCCUCUUCUCCGCCUUUGUCGCCGUCGCCCGCUCCUCCCGCCAUGGCGCCCCAGUCAGGUGAAGACCAGGAUGGCGCCAUCUUCUCUAUCUCUGGCCCUGUCAUCGUGGCCGAGCACAUGAUCGGAUGUGCCAUGUACGAGCUGUGCCACGUCGGCCAUGACAGACUCGUCGGCGAAGUCAUUCGUAUUGAAGCAGAUAAAGCGACUAUCCAGGUUUAUGAAGAGACCGCCGGUGUCACUGUUGGAGACCCUGUCGUGCGGACGGGCAAGCCCCUGUCCGUGGAGCUGGGCCCCGGUCUCAUGGAGACUAUCUACGAUGGUAUUCAGCGCCCGCUCAAGGGCAUUUCAGAAGCAUCGGGCAGCAUCUACAUCCCCCGUGGUGUUUCUGUGCCGGCUCUGGACCGCGAGAAGAAAUGGGACUUCAAACCGACCAAGAAGGUUGGUGAUAUGAUUACUGGAGGCGACAUCUGGGGUAUCGUUCAUGAGAACUCCCUGCUCAACGAACACAAAAUCCUUCUCCCUCCCCGCGCUCGGGGCACGAUUACCAAGAUCGCCGCUGCCGGCAGCUACACCGUUGACGAGAAGAUUCUUGAGAUCGAAUUUGACGGCAAGAAGAGCGAACAUGGCAUGAUGCACACCUGGCCCGUCCGUGUCCCGCGACCAGUGAACGACAAGCUGCCGUCCGACUCGCCUUUCAUUGUCGGCCAGCGAGUGCUGGACUCUCUGUUCCCUAGUGUGCAAGGUGGAACCGUCUGCAUUCCUGGAGCUUUCGGAUGCGGCAAGACCGUCAUUUCCCAGUCCGUGUCCAAGUUCUCCAACAGUGAUAUCAUUGUCUACGUUGGGUGCGGUGAGCGCGGAAACGAGAUGGCUGAAGUCUUGAUGGAUUUCCCAGAGCUGUCCAUUGAUAUCGAUGGCCGUAAAGAGCCUAUCAUGAAGCGCACAUGUCUCAUUGCCAACACUUCCAACAUGCCCGUGGCUGCCCGGGAAGCUUCUAUCUACACUGGUAUCACUGUUGCUGAGUACUUCCGUGACCAAGGAAAAAAUGUUGCCAUGAUGGCGGACUCCAGUUCCCGUUGGGCCGAAGCCCUGCGUGAAAUCUCCGGUCGUCUUGGAGAAAUGCCUGCGGACCAGGGUUUCCCGGCUUAUCUAGGUGCCAAGCUUGCCUCCUUCUACGAGCGAGCCGGCAAGUCUAUUGCCUUGGGAAGCCCCGAGCGCGAAGGAAGUGUCAGCAUUGUCGGUGCCGUCAGUCCUCCUGGUGGCGAUUUCUCCGACCCCGUCACCACCAGCACCUUGAACAUUGUGCAGGUCUUCUGGGGCCUCGACAAGAAGCUGGCCCAACGUAAGCACUUUCCUUCGAUCAACACUUCGGCGUCUUACAGCAAAUACACCACCAUUUUGGACAAGUACUACGAAAAGGAACACCCAGAGUUCCCGCGACUUCGCGACAAGAUCAGGGAGCUGUUGACAACCUCUGAAGCGCUUGACCAGGUCGUGCAGCUGGUCGGGAAGUCUGCGCUGGGUGACGGGGAUAAGAUCACCCUGGAUGUGGCAGCGCUACUGAAGGAUGACUUUUUGCAGCAAAACGGCUACAGUGACUACGACCAGUUCUGUCCUUUGUGGAAGACUCAAUACAUGAUGAAGGCGUUCAUGGGGUACCAUGACGAGGCACAGAAAGCUGUUUCGCAAGGCCAGAAUUGGGCUAGGAUCCGCGAAUCGACCGCAGACAUCCAGACCGCGCUGCGAAGCAUGAAGUUUGAGGUCCCCGAGGACGAAAAGGCCGUCUCUGCCAAGUACGAGAAGCUGCUGCAAGACAUGUCGGAGCGAUUUGCCUCUGUGUCUGAUGAGAUCAACGUCAACGACCCCGGGCUGAUCUCCCUGGUGAACAAGCUUCAGGAUGUAUUUUCCACAGUAGGAGUCCAAAACCCAAUCGACUUGCCACAGAUCGCCGUCGUCGGCUCCCAGUCGAGCGGAAAGAGUUCGGUGCUGGAAAAUAUUGUCGGGCGAGAUUUUCUGCCCCGAGGCUCCGGUAUCGUCACCCGUCGACCCCUGAUCCUCCAACUCAUCAACAAACCGCCGAGCAAGCCCCAGACGAAUGGUACGACAGACGAGAAGUCGGUCGAAGGCACUACCGACACUGCCGCCAAUAUCGACGAGUACGGCGAGUUCCUGCACAUCCCCGGACAAAAGUUCUACGACUUCAACAAGAUCCGAGAGGAGAUUGUCCGCGAGACAGAGAGCAAAGUCGGUCGCAAUGCCGGUAUCUCGCCAGUCCCGAUCAACCUGCGCAUAUACUCGCCGAACGUGCUUACCCUGACCCUCGUCGAUUUGCCUGGUUUGACCAAGGUGCCCGUUGGCGACCAGCCCAAGGAUAUUGAGAAGCAAAUCCGAGAAAUGGUGUUGAAAUACAUCAGCAAGCCAAAUGCGAUCGUCCUCGCCGUCACCGCCGCCAACCAGGACUUGGCCAACUCCGACGGCUUGCAACUAGCUCGUGAAGUCGAUCCCGAGGGCCAGCGCACCAUUGGUGUCUUGACAAAGGUCGAUUUGAUGGACGAAGGCACAGAUGUCGUGGAUAUUCUUGCAGGCAGGAUCAUCCCGCUUCGCUUGGGCUAUGUCCCCGUGGUCAACAGAGGUCAGCGGGACAUUGAAAACAAGAGACCUAUUUCGUAUGCUCUCGAGCACGAGAAGAACUUUUUCGAGAGUCACAAAGCAUACCGCAACAAGGCAUCUUACUGUGGUACCCCUUAUCUGGCCAGGAAACUUAACUUGAUUCUCAUGAUGCACAUCAAACAAACCCUUCCCGACAUCAAAGGCAGAAUAACUUCGUCCCUUCAAAAAUACAGCUCAGAACUAUCGCAGCUGGGUGACUCGAUUCUCGGAAACAACGGCAACAUAGUUCUGAAUAUCAUCACAGAGUUCAGUAACGAAUACCGAACUGUGUUGGAGGGUAACAAUUACGAGCUCUCUUCUAUUGAAUUGUCUGGAGGUGCUCGUAUCAGCUUCGUGUUCCACGAGCUUUACUCCAACGGAGUCAAGGCCGUUGACCCCUUUGAUCAGGUCAAGGAUGUCGAUAUUCGUACCCUCCUAUACAACUCGUCCGGUCCGUCGCCUGCGCUUUUCGUGGGCACCACCGCUUUUGAGGUUAUUGUCAAGCAACAAAUCAAGCGACUGGAAGACCCUUCGCUCAAGUGUGUUUCGCUCGUCUAUGAUGAACUCGUCCGUAUUCUUGGUCAACUUUUGAACAAGGGUCUGUUCCGCCGGUAUCCAAUGUUGAAAGAGAAAUUCCACGCCGUGGUGAUUCAGUUCUUCAAAAAGUCCAUGGAGCCCUGCAACAAACUUGUGAAGGACCUCGUCAGCAUGGAAUCUUGCUACAUCAACACUGCUAACCCGGACUUCUUGAACGGCCACCGCGCAAUGGCGAUUGUCAAUGACCGUCAACAGGCUAGCAAGCCCACUCAGGUUGACCCUAAGACUGGAAAGCCUCUGCCACAGCGUGCGACCAGCCCGUCGUUGGAUGCGGAGCCACCCAAGGACAACGGAUUCUUUGGCAGUUUCUUUGCCUCCAAGAAUAAGAAGAAGAUGGCAGCUAUGGAGGCUCCGCCGCCGUCGUUGAAGGCAUCGGGCACACUGAACGAGCGGGAGAACAUUGAAGUUGAAGUGAUCAAACUCUUGAUCAACUCAUACUUUAACAUUGUCAAGCGGAAUGUGAUUGACAUGGUCCCCAAGGCGAUCAUGUACACACUUGUGCAGUUUUCCAAGGACGAAAUGCAACGUGAAUUACUUGAGAACAUGUACCGCAACACGGAGCUGGAUGAACUACUCAAAGAGAGCGAAUACACGAUUCGCCGCCGAAAGGAAUGCCAGCAGAUGGUGGAGAGCUUAACACGAGCCAACGAGAUUGUCGCCCAGGUUCAGUAG